CACACGUCUGCAAACCACACAACAGAAAAGGCCUCCUUAAAAAAUAUAUCACACCGUAAACUUCUAACACUUCUAACACCAAUCGUACCACCUUAACAAUGACUCUCCGUCGCGCCUCCUGUCUUUGGCUCCUCCUCUGCGCCUUCGUCAGCGUCGAGGGACACGGCCGCUUGAUGCAGCCGCCCAGCAGAUCUUCCGCCUGGAGAUACGGCUUCGACACGCCCGUUAAUUACAAUGAUAACGAGCUCUUCUGUGGAGGUUUCGGGAUCCAGUACGGUGAGAACGAAGGCAAGUGCGGAGUCUGCGGCGACAACUGGGCCGACCCUCAACCCCGAGACAACGAGGCCGGAGGAACGUACGGGACGGGCCUCAUCGUUGCCAACUACACCAAGGGACAGGAGCUAACCAUCGAGGUGGAGCUAACGAAGAGCCACUUGGGGUACUUCGAGUUCCGCCUCUGCGUCAACAACGACCCCACCAAGAUCAUCACGGACGAGUGCCUGGACGAGAACCUGCUGGAGAUGGCUGACGGAUCCGGCACCAAGUUUCACAUCGAUUCGUAUGAAGUAACGUGGAAAUACCCGAAGGUUAAGCUUCCCGACGACGUCGUAUGCACUCAGUGUGUGUUGCAGUGGCACUACAGGGCUGGUAACUCCUGGGGAGACUGCGGAGACGGCACCUCCGACCUGGGUUGCGGCGACCAGGAGAUCUUCAGAGGCUGCGCUGAUAUCGGCAUUUACUAAAGGAAUUUUGAGCUGCCCCGCGACAAAAAAUCAUGUCUUAAGGAGAUAAAAAAAAAAUAUGUAAGAAAACAAGUGUAUACCCGAUUAGAAAGAAAGAAAGAAAGAGAAAGAAGAAGAAGAAAGAGGAGAAGAAAAAAAUAUAUAUAUGCAAGAAGAUAAAUAAAUAUAUGUCUUAAGCUACCCGGCAAGAUUUAUUUCUUAAUUAUUAUAUUUAGCUAUACUAAAAAAAUAUGGUUACAUUCGGAAAAAAAUACGCGAAAAAAUGAUUAAGCUGAAAUGUUCUUGUUUAAAGUAUUAAGUUGAAAUAAAUAAACAUUAAUAUGAAGAAUGAAAACAUGUUAAAGAAUUCAAUUAAAUGUUUAUGUUACAGAAUUGAUUUAAAGCAUUUUUAUCCUAACGUUAGAAAUAUUCAUACAGAAGAUACGAACAUACAAAUUAUAUUCAGAAAUAAAGAUGAAAAAAUGGAAGCAUGUUACAACUAUAAACGAUAUUACAUUUUUUUUUUUUAUUAUUUCAUAUCAUACUCACCUCAAUUCACAACGCAUUAAACACUUUAACAGAUAAUGCAGUUGCUAUAUCACGUCAAUAAACAAUAUACUUAUACCUGGGAUAGAUACGUUUGAUAGAGAGAUAAAAACUUUAAUAUACAUGUUUUUACUGUUGUUUAUGCAUGAGGGUACAAAGAUAAAUAUUUCGAAAUAAGGAUUA